AUGGCGAUCUCCACGAAACGGGUAGCGAAAAUCCGCCAAAUCGUGCGGCUCAAACAAGCCAUGCUGCGGUGGAAGCACAUGAACCUCCGGCGCCGGACCGAUUCGCGUCCCUCUUCCUACUCCGAUUCCGGUCAGCGCAUCCCACCCGGUCUUAUGGUGCUUUAUGUAGGCCCGGAACGCGAACGGUUCGUGAUUCCCACUCGGUUCCUGAACCUACCAGUGUUCGUAGGUCUGCUGAAGAAAGCCGAGGAAGAGUUCGGGUUUCAGAGAACCGGCGGUUUGGUUCUGCCCUGCGAGGUUGGGUUUUUCGGAGAAAUGCUGAAACUUUUGGAGACCGAUGAGAGUGGAUUCCGCGGGCUUGGUUUGGAUGAUUUCUUGAAGCUGAUCUCAGAAAUAGGUUCUGAAUCUUACAACGAAGCAACGUCAAGUUCAUUCCGCAUGGCCACUCCCCUGCUACAGAAAGCGAGGGUCUGA